ACUAGACACGUGUUUAUGUUGAUCUAUGCUGUGGCGUGCUCAGACGUUAUUAUGACCAACGGAUCAUUUAACUAUUAUAUAUUUAUGCUUUCUUAUUACUAGUGAGUAUCCUGUGAUAUUAUUAAACUAAUUGCUGUUAUUAUUGUGCGCUAUUUUCACGUGUGAUACCUUCUUGCAAUGAGAAUCAUGAAGAGGCCAAACAUUCUUCUCACAGGAACUCCUGGGGUUGGAAAGACCACAUUAGGCAAAGAGCUGGCUCAAAGAACAGGACUAACCUAUGUCAAUGUUGGUGAUUUGGCACAGGAGUGUCAGUUGUUUGAUGGAUUUGAUGAAGAAUACCAGUGCCCUAUAUUGGAUGAGGAUGGGGUUGUGGAUGAGCUGGAGGAUAAAAUGGGAGAUGGAGGUGUCAUUAUAGAUUACCAUGGCUGUGAUUUCUUCCCUGAACGAUGGUUUCACAUUGUUUUUGUCCUUCGGACAGACAAUACGAAUCUCUAUAAUCGUCUUGAAAGCAGAGGAUACACUGGAAAGAAGCUCCAGGACAAUGUGCAGUGUGAGAUUUUCCAGACUAUUUAUGAGGAAGCCAUGGAAGCCUACAAGGAGGAGAUAGUCCACCAGCUCCCCAGUAACACUCCUGAGGACCUGGAGAGGAAUCUGGAACAGAUUAUCCAAUGGUUUGAACAAUGGAUGAAAGACAACAAUUGACAUAGGACAUCUAUAGUGGCCCCAGACAUAGUACGGUUCUGUUGAGCAAGGAAUAACGGUGUAUGAGACUGUUGAACAUGACUGUAUUUGAGAAAAGUUACACACAAUUACAUAAUGAAUGGAAGAAAUAAAUAUUUUUGUAUUGUAAUUGAGAGAGCCUCUUUAUGUAUUGUAUUUUCCUUAGUUCACUUGGUUAAACUGUCACAAUUUUAUAUUGCGCCCGCUAGUAAUUGUUAGGACUGAAUCUCAUUAAUUGAAAAUCACAUGGGUGGUUCUUCUCAAAAGAUUAUUGCGCAUUCUUAAGUACAUAAUUAGAAAGAUUACUUUGGGAAAAGUAAGUAUUAGAUCCAUGAGAACAAAGAUAAUGGCCAAGUUUACAUGCACCUAAGAAAAUGGUUUAUUCCAGGGUUUCAUCAGAAAAUAUAAUGUAAUCUAGAAUGCUGAUUUCCUUGCACAGAUUAGAUUUACAGUAUUUUUGUUUUAAGCUAGUUGUCAUUCAGUACAUCAAUUUCAGAAAACAUCUGAAAUUGUCAUUAAAGUAAUAGUU